UAUUUGGAUACAAAGUCAGCCGCAGCCGAUGACAGCUCGGUUCACUGAAUGGGAUAUCUUCGAGGUGAAAAGGCAUUGAUAAAUCAUGAAUAAAUGACCAUCCUAGCAACCCCAACGGAUGAAAACUUAAAGGAGUAGUUCUCGUCUAUUUAUUUCGUGGACCGGCAGCAGUGAUAUUGAAGAAGAAGAAGACGGAAAGACACAGACGGGCACAUUCACACGCCCAUGCGACGAGGAUUUGAGAUGGAUAUAAUACACACAGCUAACUAUGUGUGUAAUAAAAACAAUAAGGUUGCGAAGAAUAUUUUACAUUUCACCACUUACGAGAUCGGAAUGUAGCCUGACGGAGGGUACUGCGUUUGGAUUUUAAUUUUUUUACUGGAUUUAGUCUUGCUUUAUUCUCUAUUGCCAUGAGCAUGAAGAUGGUGGAUUAUUCUUCCAUGGACUUCUCGACAGCCAAAGGAAACACUGCCGAGGAGGAUUUCAGUGUUUGCGUUCACCGGCGUGGAUCUGAACGAUUUUGUCUUCGCAAGGCCACAAUAAUGUGCACCAUUAUUAACGACAAUAAUAAACUACGUUCUCUGGUUAGGUUCUCUAGUUGCGUGGACCCUGCAUAUGUCUGAGGAUAUGUGAGUAUGUGCAUGAGAAGAGGGAGCGUUUCGGUAUACUUUGGUGUUGUGCACAAUCAAUGAAUAGAUCAUUAGAUGGCAGAGCGCGGUGUGUGAGAAGAAAAAUGCAACACAAACAACAAUUGCACCGAUCUGCGGUGACAUCAUGACACCGUUUGGCCGCAUCUGGUUGCGGUGGUAAUUUUAGGCUUUACGAACGUGGUGCUGAACAGAAAGGAAAAGACACACUGAGGUUCCGUACGUUUAUCUCGUUCUAGACCAGGGCUAGACUCUUAAACUUCGCUACAUCAUCCCGUUCCAGAUCAGGGAUACAGUGAUACACUCAACACUCGGCUACAUUAUUUAUCCCUUUCUAUUCUAGACUUGGGAUUCACGCACCGCUUCGCUACACUGAUCCUGAUCUGGAUCAGAAAUACACACUCUUACACUUCGCUGCAUUUAUCCCGUUCUCGAUCAGGGAUCCACACACUCGUCGCUGCAUAUCCCGUUCUAGAUCAGGGGUUACACACACACUGACUCGACUCGUCGCUGCGUUAUCCCGUUCGUUCUCGGACGAACGACCGAGGCUCGCUCGGGUCCCGGUUACUCGACGCUUCUUAGUUAAAACCCUAAGACAGCGGGACGCGCGUUAUAAUCAGAAUGAACCGAUUAUUUCUUAGGCUGCAACACAUGAUGUCAUGAUGCUACGGAACAUGAAUUGGUGCGUUAACUUUUUCCAUCAACAAUCUCAAAUUAUGUCCCAGAUGAUGUCUUCCGAGUGAGUCUUAAAACGGAAGGGAAGAUUGCGUUUUCGAACGGGAUUAAAAGUGGUUUGCGUUCGGCACCGUGUGGGAUUCAGGGGCUGACAAAGAGGAGUAAAGGCUCGGUUCGGGGGCUCUGUCCCUGUUGGCUACUAUCCCUUGGCCGAUCGGGGAUCUGACGGCUGACGGACAGCCUGUCACAUCCAGAAUAACGGAACAGUGGCUGUCGGGGACGCGCCGCAUCGCCCUGCAGAUAAUUCACGCAUAAAAGCGGAUUUCAUGGGUGCGCAGUUUACGCAACGAAUGCAAUAAUCACCGUAAAGUUUAGUUACGAACUAAAGGAGUUUGCGGCCGUGUCCCGUCCAUAUGGGCCGCCUCCUGAGAUUAAGAGCGACUUCUGGUACACAUUCCAAAGUAAAGGGACAAUGAGACUGGAUUAAGAGCUGCUUGCUGCAUGAAUUAUUCAUGAGACGGGUUAUUAUAAAGGGAACAAAACGACGGUGCAAAGUAGUAUCCGUGCCUGCAUUUGUCACUGAUCGUGCAUGAUGAUCUGGGGGGAAAAAAAUCAAAAAUAAAUAAAACUGUUGUGAUGCAGGAAGGUGCAGGUGUUUGAAGGGGCCUCCGUCCUGCAGACUGUCCGUCUGACCCUCCACCAUCCAGCUCUAUGACGCCCCAAGAUCCUCCUCUGGACCAUGCCUGAUUUAGGAAUAACCUGGAUGUUGUAUGUUACUUGAGUUGCCCAUGGGGCAACUUGGCAUCAGCUUUUCUAAACUGAGCACAAUGGGAGCAGGGGGUUUCACUGUACACAGCCUCCUGGACAGCUCUGGAUUUGCAGAAGGCUGGAUUCAGUCGAUGGGCUCUACAUGGAUUUUGUGCCUUCAUUGACACACGAUCUGUGCCAGCCGUUGAACCCACAUCGGUGACGUGCAGGCUACCAUGGACCCGUAUGCAAGAAUGACUGCAGGGGCUGCCCCCUUGCCCUGUAGCAACUGCGGUGGUUGCCUGCCUCCGGCCUCCUCCUCUGCACCCCCGGGAGAUGUCCGGCCCUCUUGUGCCGGGACAGCCGAGAAUGGCAGCAGCUGGGACUCAUCCACCGUGUCUUCCUCCGGCUCCCCCGACUUCCAUCACCAGGCUGGCGCUGGUGGUGAAAACCCCUUCUGGACAGCGGUGUUUGACUACGAGGCCACUGCUGAUGAGGAACUGACACUGCGACGCGGAGACCUCCUGGAGGUGCUCUCCAAGGACUCGAAGGUGUCAGGGGAUGAGGGCUGGUGGACUGGCAAGAUCCAGGACAAGGUGGGCAUUUUCCCUUGCAACUACGUGACACGGCGGGAUGUCAGCUAUCCCCAGCUGUCAGGCAAUCUGGUGGGUGGUGGGGAGAGCCCACUGGAGAUAGACUUCGCCGAGCUCCACCUGGAGGAGGUGAUCGGCGCCGGUGGUUUCGGGAAGGUGUACAAGGGUGUGUGGCGUCAUGAAGAGGUUGCGGUGAAAGCGGCCCGCCAGGACCCCGACGAGGACAUCAGUGCUACAGCAGAGAGUGUGCGCCGGGAGGCCCGACUCUUCUGGAUGCUACGGCACCCCAACAUCAUUGCACUGCGUGGCGUGUGCCUGCGAGAGCCCAAUCUCUGUCUAGUGAUGGAGUACGCCCGGGGGGGCGCCCUCAACCGCGCACUGGCCGGGAAGAAGGUGCCACCCCGAGUACUGGUGAACUGGGCCGUGCAGAUCGCCACGGGCAUGAACUACCUGCACAACCAGGCCAUAGUUCCCAUCAUCCACAGGGACCUCAAGUCGAGCAAUAUUCUGAUUCUGGAGCAGCUGGACUGGGACGACCUGUUUGGGAAGACCCUAAAGAUCACCGACUUUGGCCUGGCGCGGGAGUGGCAUUGCACCACCAAGAUGAGCGCAGCGGGCACCUACGCCUGGAUGGCUCCCGAGGUCAUCAAACUUUCCCUUUUCUCCAAGAGCAGUGAUGUCUGGAGUUUUGGGGUGCUGCUGUGGGAGCUUCUGACGGGGGAGGUGCCGUACCGUGAGAUCGACGCCCUCGCGGUGGCCUACGGCGUCGCCAUGAAUAAGUUGACCCUUCCUAUCCCCUCCACCUGCCCCGAGCCCUUUGCUCGACUGCUGGAGGAGUGCUGGAGGCCCAACCCGCACAGCCGCCCCUCCUUCGGGACCAUCUUGUCCCAGCUGCUGGCCAUCGAGCAGUCGGCCAUGUUCCAGAUGCCACUGGAGUCCUUCCAUUCGUUGCAGGAGGACUGGCGGCUGGAGAUCCAGCAGAUGUUUGAUGAACUGCGGGCGAAGGAGAAGGAGCUGCGGUCUUGGGAGGAGGCGCUGGCGCGUGCGGCGGAGGAGCAGCGGGAGCAGGAGGAGCAGCUGCGGCGGCGGGAGCAGGAGCUGGCCGAGCGCGAAAUCGACAUCGUGGAGCGCGAACUCAACAUCAUCAUCCACCAGAUGUACCAGGAGAAGCCACGCGUCAAGAAGCGCAAGGGUCACUUCAAGAAGAGCCGGCUGCUCAAGCUGGGCCGCGACGGCAACCGCAUCAGUCUGCCCUCUGGGUUCGAGCACAAGAUUACGGUGCAGGCCUCGCCCAGUGUGGACAAGAGGAAAACCCAGGGGUGCGAGAACACCACCCCUCCCGCCAGCCCUGGGGUCAUUCCUCGCCUGAGAGCCAUACGCUUGACGCCAAGCGACGGGAGCAAGACGUGGGGCCGCAGUGCCGUGUGUAAGAAGGAGGAGCUGACGGCCAAUAAGAAGAAAGGACGCACCUGGGGCCCCAGCUCCACCCACCAGCGGGAGCGGCUGGGUGGAGAGGACAGAUUGAAGUCUCUGGGUGAAGGCUGCAAGCAGUGGUCCUCCAGUGCCCCCAAUCUGGGCAAGUCACCCAAACACACCCCCAUGUGUGCCGCCUUCUCCAGCCUCAAUGAAAUGGAGGAGCACUGCGAGUCCCAGGAUUCCGUUGUGUCCCAAAUGUCCAUGGAGGCCGACAGCAACGGGGGCAUGGAGGACGGGGGACCCUCAGCGGGGGCACCAGACGUGUCUCGCCGCUGCAGCCAGCGCAAGAAGAGCGACCUGGUUCUGCUGGGCUGUGCCUCUCUGCUGGCCUCCGUGGGCCUGGGUCAUGACCUGCAGCAGCUGGGCAGGAUGCAGCUGAACCAGGACGAACAAGAACAGCGAGAGGAGCAGCGCAGGAAGAAGGAGGGACUGUUCCAGCGGGCCGGCCGCUUCCGGCGCAGCACUUCGCCGCCCAGCCGGACCCUGUCCCUCUCGUUGUCGCAUGGGCGGCCCCACGACUCCGUCCUGCCCAGCCUGGACCCCUCACCCUCUGUCACGCUGCUCUCCCUCUCCUCGCUGUCCGACUGCAAUUCCACCAAGUCGCUGCUGCCCUCGGACCCCGACGAGCCCAUCCAGACGCCCUCCGGGCCCUCCCCCGCGCCUCCGACCCCCGCCGCCCUGGCCCCCGCCCUCAACCCCCUGCUGGACUUGCGGGCCGAGAGCUUCAAGCGGGAGCCCAACCAGUCCCUGACGCCCACCCACGUGUCAGCGGCCAUGGCUGUCAGCCGCGGGCACCGGCGCACCCCUUCCGAUGGGGCCAUCCGCCCACGGGCGCAGACCCUCGGGCACCGCCGCACACCCUCCGAUGGCAGCACGCCGCUGCCCCCUGCUGUCACUAUCAACCCCGCCACCCAGAACACAGGUUCCCGAGAAAUCCUGGAGAUUCCCCGACUGCCCGACCCUUCUACCCUCUUCCCGGUUGCACCUCGGCGCAAGGCGCCUGCGCCCCCUCCCCUGGACCAUGAUGGCUCCGUGGGCACGGGGACCUUAGAAAGGCCCAAAACCCUGGAGUUUGCACCCCGGCCGCGGCCCACGCCGACACGGCCCCGCAUGGAACCCUGGAAACUAUCGUCCCUGUCGCGCACGCUCAGCUCGUCGCCCGGGAGCAGCUGUGACAGCCCGCUGGGUUCAGGGGACAGCAGUGCUGGUGGUGUCCGGCCCACCCUACUAGAUAUGGACAUGGAGGGGCAGAGCCAGGACAGCACUGUGCCCCUCUGUGGGCAACAUGCCCCGGCUGCACUCUGUGGUCAUCACUUAUCCUAGCGCACAAUUCCUUCCUUUCUCUCGCCUAACCCAAACCAUCACAUCCUCUCUCCUCCUACCUCCCCUAACCCCGCCCACCACAUCAUCUCUCCUCCUACCUCCCCUAACCCCGCCCACCACAUCAUCUCUCCUCCUACCUCCCCUAACCCCACCCACCACAUCCUGUCUCCUCCUACCUCCCCUAACCCCGCCCACCACAUCCUGUCUCCUCCUACCUCCCCUAACCCCACCCACCACAUCCUCUCUCCUCCUACCUCCCCUAAC